CUAUACUUAUUGCUUCAUCUGUUAAAUAGGUAGGCACGUCUGAUAUCAGAUAUUGCUAUAUCCGACCCGCCAUACAUGUCCUCCAUCAUCCAUCACGCCAACAUCAAAACUGUCAGCUUCCUCUAGACAACACAGCCAGCUAAGAUCCCCGACGACUUGCCUGCACCGAGAUCUUCCCAACACACCCCUCUAUCGCCAAGAUGUGGAUUGUUCAGUGGUUCUACGAUGUCCUCUCCUCUCUUGGCUUGAUGAACAAGCACGCCAAGCUGCUCUUCCUGGGUCUGGAUAAUGCCGGAAAGACGACUUUGCUACACAUGCUGAAGAACGAUCGUGUCGCAAUUCUUCAGCCUACUCUCCACCCCACAUCCGAGGAGCUUGCCAUUGGCAACGUCCGAUUCACGACUUUUGACCUAGGUGGCCAUCAACAAGCCCGUCGGCUCUGGAAAGACUACUUCCCCGAAGUCAAUGGCAUAGUUUUCCUCGUCGAUGCCAAGGAUCACGAACGUCUCUCCGAGUCUAAAGCCGAGCUUGACGCUCUGUUGUCCAUGGAGGAACUCGCUAAAGUCCCAUUUGUUAUCUUGGGUAACAAGAUUGACCAUCCAGAUGCCGUGUCUGAAGACCAACUUCGUCAUGAGCUGGGUCUGUACCAGACCACCGGCAAGGGCAAAGUUCCAUUGGAUGGAAUUCGACCCGUUGAAGUUUUCAUGUGUUCUGUGGUCAUGAGACAAGGUUACGGUGAUGGCAUCAGAUGGCUCUCACAAUAUGUCUGAGUUCUAAACGACCAUGUUAACAUAUGCUAUCGUAUCUGCUGAUGGCAACUGCGUGACCAUUCUGCAGAUGUCUUAUGCAAUCCUGGAGUUCUUUCAUUUUCAUUUUCAUUUUCAUUUACUGCUUGCUUCUUUCUCAGCUCUGUUCAGGCUUACGGGGGAUGUUUUAAUGGAGUCUAUGAUUAGAGGCAAUGGCAUUAAAUACCAGCAUCUUCAAAAUGCAUCGGUUCAGAGAUGAUUCACUUGCACGAGAAACAAGGUUCCGUAAUGCUUAUACCUAUGACAGUUGGAUUUGUUGUACAUUCCUCUGGCCAGUCACUGUUCUGACUGGUAAAUCCAAGAAAAUUAAUCAGGUGAGAAGACGUAAGCUUCUGGGGGUUUACUCUAUACUUGAUAGCUACCGUCCUCUUUCAGUCUGCAACAUUCUCCUUCCAUUGGCAUGGUAUAUACCGACGUGAGUAGCUUCAGGGCGCUUAGGGGCUGCAAUAUGCCUUCUAAGCGUUGCGCAUAUUUGUUUCACCUAUUCUAUAUGUAAGUCGGAAGAAUAAAAAUAGAUGUAGCUGUUUCAAGUAACUUAUCAAUCGGCGAGGACCGAUUGACU